AUGCAGGCGAAAUGGGACGUAGAUGAUCUCCAUCGGCAUCCCGACUAUGCCCCGGCCAAAAAGGCACCCGUGCAACCGCGACCAGCCCCAGAAGAUGACGAUCUUCCCCCUCGUCCUGUGAAUGCUGGGAGGACUAAUAGCCCCAAGGAUUCCGCAGCUUUCGAUGCUGACGGGGAAUUUGGAAGUGAUCUAUUUGAUGAAGCUGAUUUCGGCGAGGCUACGAAUGGGAAUCCGGAUGAAAUAGUGCUAGGCCCAGAAACGAAAUUCCAACAACCUCCCACCCCCCUAAACGGACCAAAUGCCUACCGCGGACCGCAAGGGAACUACGCCCGGCCUCCGGUAAAGCCUAAUUCAGCGGUCGUGACACCUUCCAAACCGGAAAGGCCUCUUCCAGCACCCGGGGCCAGGCAAAUACCUGCACCCUCACUCAAUGCUCGAAACAUUCCCACUGCGGCCCCAAAUCCGCAACAAAACUUUACCAAUGCAAGGCCCAUACCACCAGGCCAACAUAGACCUAACCAAGCCUCCGCCUUAGCCGGCACAGGUGGCCAAGUGCCGAUCAAACGAGAACCGGGGCCACUAUCUAAUGAAACCAAACCACAAGACAUGCUUCCUCCUGGGAGCUCACCCGCUCCAUCUGCUGGUUUCUUUUCCGCUCGGGCAGUCGACAUGCUCCGGGAUAACCCGAACAAUACGGCGAAUGCCGCGCCUGCCUUCGAUCCUCAUGCCGAAAGUCCCUCCAUCCGCAAAACCGCGGGCGUCGACCACACCAAAAGCGUGCCAAUCUCGCGACCUAUGCUGGCAGCGGCCUCGCCAUCUACUAACAACACCCGAGACUUUGUGAAUCCUUCUACGGACGCACAUCGAAGGAUUGGCGCCCCCGGAGCUAGUGGUAUCAGUAGCCCUAUGAGUAGAGGGCCGUCAACUUCGUCUUAUCGCCCACUGACGCGACCCAACAUCGACCCACGCAGCGUCAACAACAAUGCAACAGCAGCAUCAAGCGGGGCCAGCAUGGGGGCCCAGGGCAUGCCCCAUAACAUGAACGGAAAGCGGCCUCCCCUAGGGGACGUGACGAACGCAACACACCCCGGCGGAGGCGGCAGCGGGCCUGUUCCCAAUGGCAUUAAUGACCCUAAGAGGGUAAAAAUGGCCGAUGGUUCUACAAUACAGCAACCGCCACAACAACCGCCACAACAACCACCCCAACCACCCCAUCAGAGAUAA